UAUUAAAAAACAAAUGUCGGAGCAAUCUCUGCCAGCGAUUGCCAAAUGGGCUGAAAAAUCUCAAUCAAAGCGAGGACAUAAAAAGCCAAGUCAUUAGCAAUCAACGCCGCAUUCGACGGAUUCCCAGCAUAAACGCGCAUCUGACGAAAAUGGAGAAUCGCUUAUUAGUUACAUGGCUGCUUUUGGCCAUCAUCACGGCAUCGGUUAGGGCCGAACUUACAGAUAUAUCCGCUAUCUGCAGGAUAUCAGAUCCCUGGCAAAUGCUGCCCGACAAGGACAACUGCCAAAGGUUCUAUGUUUGCACUGGCGACGAUGACCUGCCCUUCCAGGAGUUCAGCUGUCCGGCGGAGUACCAUUUUAGCAAGAAGCUCAUGAUUUGUGUACCCGGAGCGUGCACAGAUGAAUCCGUAUUUUGUGGCCUUACAAAUAGUGUGGAGCGAGUCCACAGCGAUUGCACGCAAUACCGACAAUGCCUGGAGGGAGGAUCCUUCGCCGUGGCCAAAUGUUCCGUCGGAAACUACUUUGAUCCAGCCCGAAGAGCCUGCCUGCCAGUGGCCAUAAGUGCAGCCCAUCAGUGCAGCUGUGUGCUGCCUGAUAAUGCCACUCUGGCCAAUCCAAGCGACUGCGAGACAUAUUUCCGCUGUCACUCCGGACAGGCGGAGCUGGUCCAGUGUCCAUCAGGAGACUACUUCGACGAGCGAGUGAGCAGCUGUGUGCCGGAUCACACGGGAAUUUGCCUGGAAAAGCCGACAAUGCCGACACUCACAGAGCAAGCUAUUGCUAUGGACGAGUGCAUCCGGACGGGGAGCCGCCUGGCACCGCACAGCCGAGAUUGCCAACGUUACUACAUAUGCGCCAAAAAGCGGGUGCUGGAAAUGCGCUGUCCCAGGGGUCAGUAUUUCGAUGCAGUACGGCGCUACUGCGCUCUUGAUCUGGGAAGCGAUUGCCAGGCUCUGCAGGCGGAGAAACAAGACCUGGAGCUGGAGGAGAAUAUUCAGGUGGAGGUGGAGCAGAAUAUCCAGAUUGACAUUCCGGCGAAACAUAAGGUAAAGAUUCAGGGACACAAGCCGGUUCAGAAGAACUCCGAAAAGGAAGUGGUCCGCGACCAGGAAUUACCAGCGUCGCAGGCUAAUGACAAACUUCCACAGCCCUCAGCUGAGGCAGUGAGCAGUUACGAUAAGUUCUCGUCGAAGUUCAUUUCUAUGUAACCGAUUAGUUCUAAGCAACCAUUCAUUAAAUACAGCAAUAUCACGUUAACAAUUAAUAAAGGGAACGAAAUAAUUUUGUA